AUGUGGGAACGCGAGGACGAUCUUACAGGCACGCAAAACGGAGAGGCACAGAAAACGGUGAGACCAACAGCAAACGAAGAAAAGGCUCGGGGGGACUCCUUCAGCCAGCAGAUGACCCCGGGAGGUCAUGCCAACCGGGCGAAGGAGCAGAGCAAAAGUGGUCAGCGAGACACGAUUUGGGGAACAGGAUCUACUAGUAAGAAUAUACUAGCAGGAUCUACUAGUGAGGAUAUACUAGCAGGAUCUACUAGCGAGGAUUUACUAGCAGGAUCUACUAGUGAGGAUACACUAGCAGGAUCUACUAGUGAGGAUAUACUAGCAGGAUCUACUAGUGAGGAUAUACUAGCAGGAUCUACUAGUGAGGAUACACUAGCAGGAUCUACUAGUGAGGAUAUACUAGCAGGAUCUACUAGUGAGGAUAUACUAGCAGGAUCUACUAGUGAGGAUACACUAGCAGGAUCUACUAGUGAGGAUAUACUAGCAGGAUCUACUAGUGAGGAUAUACUAGCAGGAUCUACUAGUAAGGGUAUUCUAGCUAGAUACGAGUGA